AUGGAUUUGAACAGUACUGCAAGUGACAUACUAUUACAAAAAGAAACCUGGCAAGGCAAGAUUAUUUACAACCAGAGUCAAAAGAAUAUCCUCCAAGCAUGGUUUGAACAUGACGCUUACCCUGAAAAAGCUAACAGGAAACAACUGGCCAAGGAAAUUGGCAUUCCAGAAUCUAAAAUUCAGAUUUGGUUUAAAAACCACAGAGCAAGACAGAGCCGAUUGGGGUUCAUCCUCCUAGGGGAAGACCAAACCCAUGGACAGAACGAGCCUCAGCCUUAUACUCAAGAAUACUUACCAAAAGGAGCCACACGAGACCACACAUCGGUUCCAAGAUCUCAAUCAAACAUUCUAGUUCAAGCCUUCAAGAGGAACCAAUUCUUUGAUAUUGCAAACAGGAAAACACGCCAAACAGGCAUUCCAGAAUCGAGAAUUCAAAUGUGGUUUCAGGACCCAAGAUCUCUGUACCCUGGGCAGAGCACAAGUGAGCCUGUGAAUUCCUUGGUAGAUGGCCCAAAUGGGAGACCUGGUAUGACAGCUCAGCAGCACGAAAUUGACCUAUGUACUCUCCCAGGCAGAUCUCAUCAUUUUGCUUCCUCCAGUUCUUUCAGCAGGAACCAACCAUUUCUACCUGUUCUUCUCCCAUCCCACGUAUCCUCUGUCCCUUGUGUGAUCCAAGGACAAAGUGUCAUGAUGCAGCCCAUGCAGGCUGUGCAGAGAGGAAAGAACUCUCCCUCUACUCUAACACUUGGGAAUUAUGUGCCAGCACUGCUGACUAUGAGAGGAGACCCAGAUACUCAGUACCCCUUCUGGCCCCAAUACCAAGAACGCCAGGAUCACCAAGAACAGACUGACAUGGGAGUACUGCAGCUGGAAGACUAUUCUCAGCCUCAAGCUGAGCACAAAAAACCACCACCACAGGAUCUGAGCCAGGUGGACAUAUCUUACUUUCUGCAGUGGUGGGAUGAGUGCUGCCAGGCUCUGAUUGCAGAGCGGGAUCCUCAAAAAGGGACCUACUGA